AUGACCUACACACCACCCUCCUCCGCGCGCCCCUUCACCCUUCACAUUCCCGACCAGGAGCUUUCGGAAUGGCGCCAGUUGCUCGAAUUGUCCAAGCUUGGGCCCAAGACGUACGAAAACCAGCAGGAGAAGGAGGACUUCGGUGUCACAUACAAAUGGCUUUCCGCUGCGAAGGACCACUGGCUAAACACCUACUCCUGGCGCGCCCAAGAAUCACACAUCAAUUCAUUUCCCAAUUACAAGAUGACCAUUGGUGAGAUCACCGUCCAUUUCGUGGCCUUGUUUUCGCAACGGAGAGAUGCUAUUCCGAUAUUGUUUAUGCACGGCUGGCCCGGCAGCUUCAUCGAGUUCCUCCCGAUGCUGGAGCUGCUACAGAAGAGGUAUGAAGGCAAGGAAAGCCCGUAUCACAUCGUUGUUCCGAGUUUACCCGGAUAUACUCUUUCUUCUGGUGGGCCGUUGGAGAGGGACUGGACGAUGAAAGAUUCCGCAGAGGUCAUGGAGAAGUUGAUGCGGAAUCUCGGAUUUGACAAGUAUUUUGUGCAGGGAGGGGAUGUGGGAAGUAUGCUGUGUAGGCUCAUGGCGCCCUCGUAUGAAAGUGUUGUUGGUGUGCACUUGAAUAUGUACAGCACACAAACAGAGCCACAGCGCGAGAAGCUGAGCGCUCUCGAGACAAAGGCUUUAAAUAGAGCGCUCGAAUGGCGCAACAUUGGGAUGGCGUACGCGCAAGAGCAUGGCACUCGCCCAAGUACUAUUGGCCACGUCCUCUCCUCCAAUCCUCUCGCCCUACUAGCCUGGAUUGGCGAGAAGUUUCUCGAAUGGACGGACGAAACCCCCCCUCUCGACACCAUCCUCACAAACGUGUCUUUGUACUACUUCACCGGCUCCUUCCCGCGCAGCAUCUACCCCUACCGAUCUAUCUUUCGCGGGAACCGAGUAGAAUUCCCACCAUUGACGAAGCCUACGGGGUACUCAUUCUUCCCCAUGGAACUGUUUCCAGGUAUAAAGCACAUCAUUGAAAGCGAGACAAACUUGGUGAGUUACAGCGUGCACGAGCAUGGUGGGCAUUUUGGGGCGUUGGAGAAGCCUGAGGAUCUGUGGGCGGACGUGGAGGAAUUUGUUGGCAAGGUAACACAAGGACAGAAUAAGGUGUGA